CUAUUUAAAAGUAGAAAUAGUAUUUAUUGAUUUGGUAUUUCAUGAAUUAUAUAGAAAAUGACACGAAAAAGAACUAUUUCGAAAAAAAAUCUACGGUUUCGUCGAUAUAGAAAAGUGAACAAAUUGAUUUCUCAGAGGCGUAAUGAGGUUUUGAACGAAAUACAGCUGGAGGAUGACACGCAAAGAGUUUCACAAUUAAAUAUGUUCAACAUGAACGAACCAAAAUUAAAUGAAUCGAUUGGGUCAUGGGUAAAAUCUCAUGGAAUUACUACAAGAGCUGUGAACGAUUUAUUACGUUUAAUGAACAAAGCAGGUGUUGCACAAUUACCAAAAGAUUAUCGAACUUUGAUGAAAACGCCAAAAACUAUGGAAAUUGUCGAGAAAGCAGGUGGAAAAUAUUGGUAUAAUGGCAUUGAGAGAAACCUGCAACUGAUUUUUUCAAAGCUAAAUGAAAACAUAUCAAUCAAACUCAAUUUUAAUAUGGACGGCCUUCCGGUUUUUAAGAGCUCACAAUGUGUUUUCUGGCCGAUUCUAUCUUCAAUUCACAAAAUGCCCCACAUCCGUCCCAUGAUUAUUUCUAUUUGGUGUGGCAUGAAAAAGCCAAAUAAUUUAACAGAAUAUUUGGAGCCAUUUGUUAUUGAGUUGAAAAGGCUAAUGCAAAAUGGAAUUUGGGUGAAUGGUUACCAUAUAGCUAUAGCAUUUAGAUGCUGCAUAUGCGAUUCCCCUGCGAGAGCCUUCAUUAAAGGUACGGUGAAUUUUAACCAUACUAAUGGGUGUCAGAAGUGCAAAGUGACUGGAUCAAAGUCUGCAGAAGCAAAACGAAUGUACUACGCAGAAAUAGGAUGUUCGCCACGAACUGAUAUCGAAUUUCGGAAUCGAGAGCACUCAAGUCACCACAAAGAACGUUCUGUACUGGAGGAGCUGGAAAUCGACAUGAUUAAGGCAUUCCCAACAUCAGAUCCGCUCCACUUAUUCGAAUUAGGAAUUAUGAAAAGAUUGCUCAAAGUGUGGUUAUUUGGUGACGUUGGCUAUGGCAGGAAAUGGCUGAAAAUUGAUAUCGUUCAAAUAAAUACGCUCCUGCGGGAUAUGAACAAGGACAAACCACGUGAAAUUCAUCGAUCAAUACGCUGUUUAGAUGAUUUUAAAUUUUGGAAGGGAACAGAAUUUAGGUCAUUUUUGCUCUACUACGGUAUAGCUGUUCUGAAAAAUUACUUGCCCGAAGAUGUCUAUAGACAUUUCUUGAUACUGGUGUGUGCCACUACGAUUUGUUAUACAGAUGUUUAUAGAGUAUUCUUACCACUCAGUAAAAUUUGGUUCAGUAGAUAUAUAGAAAAUUAUGCAGAUAUUUAUGGCAUCCACAGCAUCGGUAGUAACGUGCAUUUGUUAAAUCACGUAUGUGACGAUGUAGAAAUGUUUGGGAAUUUAAAUGACAUUAGCACUUAUGCUUUCGAGAAUAGAUUGAAUUUUUUAAAACUCAGAUUAAAACAACCAAAUCUGCCUCUUGAACAGAUUAGUAGAAGAAUUGUCGAAUUAAGUCUAGACUACGAUGACUUCUACUCAUGCAGUAUAAAAAAUGUAGCUUUCCCGCAAUAUAAACAUUCAGAAAUUCGCGAUGGCACUCAAAUUUUCAAAGAAAUAAUUAUCAAUGGCGAUUGUACAUUUUCCUCAAAGCGUAUAGCCGACAGUUGGAUUCUAACUUAUUCUCUUGAAAUCUUUCAAUUCAAAUAUGUUAUGUCAACAGGAAACGCAGUUCAUGUUUACGGUACACCAGUACCCAGAUUAGAGAACUUUUUCACAUACCCAUUGUCUUCUAGUCUGUUAAAUAUUUUCAAGUCAGACGGAAAAAGUGAAACGAACCUAAUGUCAUUUAAUUUGAACGAAAUCAAAGCGAAAAUGUUGCGUCUAAAAAGUUGUGACGAUUUUGUGUUUAUACCUCUUUUGCACACAUUGAAGAAAUAAAAAAAAACAGAAAUAAUAUAAAUAAAAAAUAAAGAAAUAACAAACAUCAAGCUUUUCAUCUAGUUUCUAUUGCUUAAAAUUAACAUCAGUUUUGCAUAAAAUAUGAGUAAUAUGCACAAAACGUGCAUGGAUUAUGCAUAUGGUCAUCGUGUAAUUUGUAUGAAAAAUAAAAGGCGAAUUUGUAUGCAUACGGUAUGCACUGUGGUAUCACCAAAAAAUUACCCAUAUUUUUUUAGUGACUUCAUACAAAAGCGUAGUGUUUUGUGCAUAAUCGAUGCAUAUUUACAUACAAAAAGUAUUGAGUUUCACCAUUAAAGGUUCAUUGGGUAUG